AUGAAUGAUUGGCCUAGGAUAACCAGAACCGACUUUAAGGUAAUUUAAGUCAUUCCAAUAUGGCUAUUGAAACAAAAUCAAUAAGAUCCUAUUCUUUAGAGAUCAACCAUGCGUCGGUCAGGUGUCCGAAAGAGCCGAACGGCUUCGUUGAAGGGAGACAUCCACUCUUCGACCAGAAAUGGAUCCAUCAUCACAUCUACCAGUGUCCCGCCACCCAAUGCAGAUCCAAAUAAAAAGCAAAACAAAGAAAUUACAGUAAGACCUGGUCUGAGAGCAAUGUUGUACGGACUUACAAUGAAAAUGUAAGCAGUUUAUAAAUGAUUUUAUUCAAAAUUUAGGGAACGAGAAGAGGCCAACAUGAGGAAACUCCAGAAGAAAAUGCACGGUAAAUUUGUUAUUUUUUGAAAUUACUUUUAUGACGAACUUAGAUAUGGUUGAAAUUUUGACGACUAAGUAAUAGUAAGUAAAGGAUGAUGCUGGGAAAUUUAGGUUUUAAAAAAUAAUAUUCCUAUUUGCAAGCUUUCGUAUGUUACACAUGACGGGGGUCAUUGUUUAUGUAGAUUUAUUCCAUUUCUUCCUCACGUUUCCUCCUCUCCGCCAGGUGUGCCGUCGUUCGAGCAUAAAUUCUGAAGCCUCACAAAGUUGUGUUCCAUCGUAUGGAGAUUCUUGGUUCCUGUUUGCCCUUAAUUAGGGGUUCGCCUGUUUCUAUCUGCAGAAGUGCUGUUUCGGAGAAUCUGGAGCCCUUCGGAAGGGAAUUACUAUUGUCCAUCAAGUGGCCACUCCAUCGGAGGGAGACGUUUUUGACGAUUGUGUGGGUCUAUGACCUCAGGGCACGGACUACCGGUCCCUCUCCCUGGGGGCACAUUCCCCGGCAUUCCGGAAAAAACUCGCGCGUCUCCAUUUUGUGUUGAAAACCACCAAAAAACGUUGUGUCCUCGCAGGGAAUCAUCGAACUUGGGGAUGUUUUUUUGGAUGGUUGUCCCUGGAAAGGAACCCAGGGUCCAUUGCGCAACAUUUGUUGCGUCAUGUCUCUUUUGGACUUACGGUACCAAAAAAAUGUUUCCUUUUCAUUAUAGAAACUAUGAUUUUAUUUAAAUAAUUUCGAAAUACCCGGCCUAAGCAAUUGAAGAAAUGACGGCCCACGAAAAUAACAUGGAGCAUGUUGCUCCUUCGCGAGAUACGACCAUCCUUUGUUGGGGUUAAAGCACCGGAAGCGGCUGACGCGUUUUUGGUGGCUUCUGCCGCUUUAAGCCUCCGGAGUCAUGAAUCAACGUGUCCCGGGCCUUAUAAGUCGAGAGCUGUCAAUCUCGACAAAGGCCAAUGAAUUACGAAGCCGGGGGCCUGUUCGUGCCGUUUUAUUCGACUAUUCCCAAACCUGCACAGCCAUCUUUCAGCUGUAACGACAUGGUAUAAGCAGCCGAGAUGGUUGAUUCAGGCCAUGAUCGUCGCGCCCUUCUUCAGCCCCCUGACCAUGAGAGUAGAGCAGUCAACCGAGCCCGCAAAACUCAAAUGCAACGCUCCACCAGUUCGGGAACUCCAUCCUUGGCCAGUCUGGCUCAGAAUAUGAGGAAAUCGAUUCUGAAAGCGGGACAACGAAGUCUGACUGAUGACCAUCAUCUCAACAUUCCUAGUUACAACACCCCGCCGAAGAGUGUUUCUUUUCACGAUCUGGUCGACUCUCGAUCCGUCAUCCAAUUUGCUCUACGAAGUCUGAGUCCAAAACGUCAAGCCUCUGCAGAUGCUUCAACAGAAACGUUGGUCGAUAUUCAUGGCGAUAAAUUAUCAUUCAGAAAGUCGAUUAGUUGCUUUAUCUUAUCACGUAAGUCAUGGAACGGUCUGUUUGUCCUCGGGUUUUGUUUGUUUAAACCUACUUCCACACCUUUUUGUGGGUCGAUUGGCUUCUGGAGGGGUAUAGAAUUACAUCUGGGAAUUGGCGGGGAACGAAUCGCUGAGAAUUUAUAAUUUGCGGUCGAAUUGAUGGUCGAAGACCUCAGGAAAUUGUGGAGUCGGGUGCUUUACCCACCCGCUCUCACGCCCGAUGGUAGGUAAAGGGGGUUCGGGUAAAUAUUUGAGAUAAGAGGAGGUCUGGAGUACAUACUUCAUAACUCUUUUGGGAUCAGUGGACCUUGAGAUCAGGUCAAGAGGCAAUGGAUCCAUUGAUCCUCGCAGUUGAGUCAGAAUAAAAUUUUUUCUUAUAGACGAGUGUGAUCAUAAUUACGCAGUUUCUUGCGCAUAAAUAAGGCCUGGCUAGACUGGUUGUUCCGUUCUCUGAUAGCAUUCUUGUUUCUCCAACUUAUGUGCAGCUGUUCUUUAGAUCUUCUUGUCACGACGCGCCUGUCCCCAAACGUAGAAAGAGAAAGAGAGGAUCCAUGAAGGGAUUCGAAGGUAUGAAUGAGUAUGAAAUCGGAUACUCACUGUUACCGCCGUUUCCCUCGGCAUCUGUAGCCGCGGAUUGCCGGCUUUCGUUUUGUACAAAUGCCCUGUGGGCCUGAGUUCUUCUUUCACGUAAACAGCUAUUAUCAAACGGCCCUCUGGCAGGAUGAGGACAGGUUUAUUAAACUUUUGAGUUUUUGCUACGCACCGCCUGCAAAAAGUGACACUUUUGACGUCUUCCCUUAGGCGGCAGCAUUCCGUAGUAUAUUUACUUUGGCUUAGCCAGGGAUUCUUUCCGCCAAACUCUCACCAGCUUUAUUUUUCUCAUUUGGAUUUGUUUUGUUUGAUAAUCCGAGAGUCCGAUUCUUGGCCCUAAUCAUUUCCAUCUGGGCCUCCAAUUUCCAAAGUUGCGGCUUUGUUGACUUUGGCUUUGCAAGUCUACCGCUUCAAUGACGGUCGGGUAAUUUUAUUCUCUUCUUGAUGUGGCAUCUGUAGUGGGUUUCUGUUUGAUUUCUUCCCUCAGGGCUGCUUUUUUUCAUGAUCACAGCUUAGUUGUUAGACACGCCGCCAAUCGGGGUAGUAAUCCAUAAACUUUACACGAAAUUUAAUCACCCAACGGCCUCGAUCAGAAAGUUUUAAUAGACAUCGUCAUAUUUUUGACCUCUCUCCCGCCACCGCCAGCCAUCUCCCGACCCGCCUCAACCUUGGCCCCUUUCAUAUGGACCGGGGAUUUCGAGUUCCCUUCGGCCGCAGCUAGUGGAAACAUCACUUGAUUGACUGGAAUGUCUAGCAAACCUCAUCCACUGAUUUGAAGGGUCCCGCCGCUUUCGUCCCCCUUCUUCCUCCCUUCCUUUCACCUGCCUCGGCAUCGAAAAGACCCCGGUGGCGAUCGCUGUCCGACCAACCGACCGGACACUCUCUUCUAGCCGAAAUUUGUGCCCUGAGGGGAAUUUCUUCUUUCUUUUCACCUUUUAUACCAGGUCCUGUUCUCGACUGGACGUUCAGCAACCGAUUUACACUCUUUUCUUCAAUUACGUCAUGAACAGGUGAUUGGGGAAAGAGUCGAGCAUGUUCUGGUGAUCAUCAACUUGUCCGUGGUGUACCCGACAGUCUGCCAAGAUUCCGACCCCGGCCUUGGUCCCUGUGCCUGGUGCCGGGCAUCGGCCUUCGGAGGUUCAACUUCGAACUCCUUGGUGGCGAUGUUGUUGUCCAAUCAGACGACCAAGAAAUGA